CUUACCAAACUGAAACAAAAACAAACAAUCGUAUUAUUGCUUUUCAACACCACCGGUUACCACCGCAACCACCACCGUCAUGAACCCCUUAACCCACCGAUGCAACUCAUGCAACACCGAUCUCCCCCCAAACACCGAACCCCUGUGCCCCAACUGCACCCCUAACCCCAAUCCUAACCAUCUCGAUCCACCGUCGAAUCCCACCGUCACAACUUCCGACGACAACUUCCUCCUCGACAGCCCCUACCUCCACCGUCUCCUCCACCAUCUCACCCACUCAAACAACCCCACAACCACCACCACACCACGCUACCACUCCCCUACAUCCAAAUCCGCCAUUAAUUCCAUCCCUACAGUCACCAUCACUCCCGCACUCCUCCACACCGACCCAAUCAUUCUCUGCGCUAUCUGCAAAGACCCGUUCGUAAUCAACGAUGUUACAAAGCAGUUGCCGUGUAAACAUAUGUACCAUCCUGAUUGUAUAAUUCCGUGGCUAAUUAAUAACAACUCGUGUCCGGUUUGUCGGUUUCAGAUGCCGAAAGAGACGGUUGAUGUCAAGGCUAGGAGGAGGACCAGGUCUAGGGUUUUUAGAUUGGAGGAUUUUGAUGAUGAGAGUAUGAGUAUGGAUCGGUUUAGUGUGAUCGCGCAGACGGUUGAGGUUGAUGUGUUGCCUGAUUCGGAUAGAACGGGUGGGCGUGGGAAUGUGUCGGGUUGGCGGGAUUGGCCGUUGAAUGGGCGAGCGGUUGAUGGUGCGAAUGAUGCUGAUGUUGGGAUGCCUUGAAUUGUGUAUGUAUAUUUGGGUUAAUUAAAGCAGCUCAUCAUCGCCUACCCUUUGGUGAAAUGGAUCUGCUACGAUGGUUGGGCUUCGUUGCUGCACCAAGCUAUGUAAUUCAGUGAUCUAUCCUAAAGAUGAUGCCAUGGUGGUGAGCAAGCGAUUGCUAUAUUGUUACUUCCUGUAAACAUGUUUGGCAUAGGUUUUGGUUGAUAAAGAAUACCAUUGUAAGAUUUAUAUAUAGUUUAUUGUUAUCUUUCUCGAUUAUGUUGUCUCCGCUAUCCGAGUCUGUGUUAGCUGUGUGGCUUUAAUUGAGAAGAGAAGACGAUGAAACCAUGACGACCGGAAUUUUAAUUUGAAACUAUUGAACUAAAA